CACAAUGGAUAAAACCAAUAUUGUGAAUACGUUUACGGAGGCUGUGGAUCAAUUGCGGAAUACGGAAUGCAGCGAAAAGGAGAAAAUUGCUUGCUUCCAAAAAAUUUCGGAAUGUAUUACCUCGCCGUUGAUGCAUGGCCAUCUCAAUUAUGCCACAUUUUGUAGUAAGGCCACCAAUAUUCUAUUGCUGUUUUGCGAAGAUUUGGAUCCAACAUGUCGUGUCCAUGCCGAGGAGAAUUUGAAUAAAAUAUUUCGGGUGUUGGAGAAGACAAGGGCACAUCGCAUUUUAAUGGAUUUAUAUGGUGAGAUAAAGCGGAAUGGUAAUCAUAGAUCUCUGCGUAUAUGUCUACGAAUAUUUGGUUACUAUGCUCCACGUAUACGUGAGCACAGUGUACGUUGGUAUGCACAAAAUCUUUGGCCAUGUCUAAAAGUCAUAAGCCGGCGUAAGGAAACUCUACUGCAAGAAACACUAAGUGAAUUUGUUGUGAAAUUUGGUAAAAAUAUACAACAUGGAUUAACCGACAGCGAAACCUGUAAACUUUUUGAGGCAUUCAUAGAAAAUAUUGGAUCUGAUUGUGCUGUAAAACGUCGAUGCACAGCUCAAAAUUGUAUUAGUCUUAUUGAGUAUGCUAGCAACAAACCGUUAAUGGCCAAAUAUGCACUGAAUAAAGUUUUGGAAAUCCUCUUGACAGACCAACAACCAAAUACUGUUAUUGGUGUAUUGGGUUUCUUGCGACAGUUAGUUGUUAUUGUCAUCAAAGGCUUGACUUUGGACAACAAUGAUAAUGACGAUACAUUUGCCACAAUGACAUCUUCAAAAACCAACAACUCUGAGGAAUCUCGCCAAUUAUUGGAAAUAUACGAUUAUUGUUUGUAUGUAGUUAGUUCAACACCAUCAUCCCAACAUUCCCAUAUAAAUGCCGCACUGGAAGUGAUAAAUACGAUACUACAAUCGCUGGAUGGUAUUUCCGCCAAAGAUUCGAAAAAUACACUUCACAUUGGACCACAGCUGCUACAAUGGAUUAAUGAUAAAAAUUUAAAACAUGCCGUUUUACUACGAAACAAAAACACACUAAAACAUCAGAUAUUUAGUGCGGAAUUAUUUGAUGAAGUGGACAGAUCUGUGAAUAGAAUUUGUUUAACCGAAGAUAUCACAGCAUCGCAAACAUCCAGCGAUAUUAUCCUAUUGCAACCUCAACAUCAACGACAACAGCAUUCGAAUACAGGAGCGAAAACAUCUGGCAUCGGUGUAGAACAUCGCUCGAAAAGACAUACGGCUCGCAGCAUUAGUGAAUGUGUCGAUAUUGAUUAUGUAGAUGAAGAUGGGGCACCGCCACCAACAGCAUCCUCGAUGAUGGCGAUGACAGCCAUUGCUAAUAGGAGCAACAAGAAUGCCAACGACGACGUUGAUGAUGAUGGCGAUGAGGAUGACGAUGAUGGAGAUUUUACAACAUUGUCUGAAAUGAAUGAUGAUUCGCAACACACACAGCCCUCAUUGUUAGGGAACAUUGAUUUCACCACAAAAACCUCUUCAAGUGUAAUCAACGAAACUAUUUCCGGCCUUGUUGAUGGUUCGGCGGCUUCAAAGAUACAGCGGCAGGAUGAUAUUGGUAGUGGCGGUGGUACGGGUGAUAUACAAAAAUUUCUUGUCAACUUUUCGUCAGAUGAUGAAAAGUCAACUCAAUUGUGCAGCACAGACAAUGAAUCUCUGAAUAGUAUUGAAUUUAAGGCUGACAUCUCCAGAGGUUUGGUAGUUCAAGGUGUACAUUCGAACAGUGACUACAAUGAUGAUCAACAAGGUAGCACAAAAGUGAUGGAGGAGGAUGAGGCAGUGACAACAAAAUCAAGCAACAGCAGUAGUGAUGCAUUUACCACAUUCUUUAAUAACUUCAAUGCAGCAUCGGAAUCUGUUACGAAAUUAUUUCGACCCAGUGGUUCUUCAUCUAGUGCUUCGAAAAAUGUAAUUUCUCCAUCGACUACGGCUGAUUCUCUAUCGUUGGCCUCAAAUGUAAGCUCCCUUAAACGCACCGGCACCGAAGUGGAUGUUAUUGAGGAUUCGUCUCCAGAAUCCAGUAAAACAUUUCCCACACCUUCAACGGCCAUUAUGGGAGAAAUACGUUCUCUGGAUUCAGUUGAUAUUCAAAGUACCACAGAUGUCAGACCAAAUGAAAAUGAUACACCCAAUGUGACGCCCUUAAAGAAAAACAGAAAUCCAUUCCUAAAUUCACCAUCGUCUACAAGAGAUAACUCGGAAAUGCCAUUAAUUCCAGUUGAUAUUGGCACAGCCCAUGAACAACCCUUAGUUACAUAUACAGCUCGUUUGAUAGCUGCCAGAUUUUUGUUGGCGGGUAAUCCAAAGGGUCUCUACGAUGAUUCUACGGUUAGAGUUUCAAUAAAAAAUAUUUGCCUGAACGUCAUUUCACAAUGUGUACGUUUGCGUCCAGAAAUAUUGGAAAUAUCCUUGAAAUUUAUGCAAUCCGAGAAAUUAAUAGAAAAAGUUAUGAUUGAAUCGACAAUUGAUCCUUCCAUCGAUCGCCAAAGUCCUUUGCAAAUCCCAAGUGAUUCAAGUUCCAAUAUUGGUCAAGACUAUGAACAUUUAGAGGUGAUUACAACUGUAGAGUCGUCUCUGGCUUCAGACGUUCCUAGAAAAUCUUCUUUUACUCAUUUGGAUGUGUUUCGUGUUGACGACAACAAUGAAGGGCCACUUUUGGAAAUUAUCGAUGAUCAUUUUGGUAAAAGUUCAAAUGAUUUCAAUUUUACUGCAACCACUACAUCCACAACAAUGACAAGAAGUGCAGAUCCAGUAUUGUUUAGUAAAACCGAAGAAACAUCAAACAGUUCACCCAUUAUGCGAACCAAGAAAGAUAAAUUGUCUACAUCUGAAAUUAUCGGAGUCGACACAAAAGUAAAAGGGUUUGUUGAAAUAACAAAAGCCGACGAAGAUACGCCACCAGAAAUGACACCACCAAGACCUCCGAAGAGAACAAAAACGUUUAGAAAAUCCAAUCGUUACAACAAUUUGAAGAAAAAUGAUGUUGUUGAUGGUGCCUCAACUACAAAUGGUGGCAUACAAUAUAUGCAGGAUAUUUUAUAUUUAUAUAAUCACGAAGAUCCAAUUUUACGUGCUGGAGUUCAAAAUAUUAUUGGUCAUUAUUGUAGAUCCAAUCAAGCUGGACUUGUUGGAAAAUCGAAUAUAAAUUUACAAUAUUUAUUGGCUAUAUUGUGUAUGGGCUUACAAGAUGACAUUCACACAGUGGUCAUACAGGCUUUGAAUACAUUCGAUAAAAUAUUUCCAUAUGUGUUAUUUAAAUAUAUGACCACUACAACAGCUAUGGGUGUAGGAGUGGAUGUACAAGGACACAAACAAGUCGCAUGUCAUCAUCAUCGUCAUCAACAUGGAAGACAACACAAAGAACCAACGACGAUGCACAACAAGGAACAACAACAUUGCCCCAAGCCAGAAAAUUGUACUGCUGCUGCCUCCGCCGAAGCUGCUAUUCAUGCAUCGAGCACCAAGCUAAAGUGUAUUUCAGGGCACUUUAACGAUAAUGAUGGGAUUAUAGCUGCGCUUUUGAAUGAUUUUCAAUUGCAAGCGUAUAUCAACAAGAACAACAACAAUGAUAGUCAGGCUACACAAGGCAAUGAUGGCGUAACCCCCAAUAAUCACAUUAUGAGUAACGAUGGUGGUGUUGCUGCUGCUGCAUCCGUUUCCUACGAUUGUUGCUCCGCCGCAUCAUUAUUGGCAACAUGUUGUUGUUGCUCCACAUCUCCAUCGGCAAGUCAUUGUUGUGGCAGCAACUUACUUUUCAUAUCACCAAAAUUGCUAUUGAAUAAACUUCGUCUGUGUUACUACAACAAAUAUUGGUUGGUCCAAAAUAAAUAUGCCGAAGUUAUUUCAAAUUUAAAUUAUGCUUCACUACAUUCUUAUUACGGAAAUAACUAUACCAAGAACUACAACCACAACAGCAGAUGUUGCUUUAUCAAAGGCAAUGGCUGUUGUUCAACAUCUUCAGACGGCUGUCAAUUGGGUUGCGGCUGCUGCUGUUGCAGUAUAGGGUUAACCAACAUGAUGGUGGUGGAGGAUGAUGAUGUUGAUGGCACUGAUUUUGUCUGCAGCUUAGAGAAUUCAUUUAUUGAAGAACUUUUACAAUUGAUUGCUGAAGAUGAUGUUCGUGUCAGAGAAUGUGCAUCGAAAUGUUUGUGUCGUUUUAUUAUCCAAAAUGCCAAACAUUCUAAUUCACAUGGCCAAGAUCAACAACAACAGCGUUUUCCUUUUGUUAGUCAAGAUGAUGAAAAUAUUUUGCAUCGCACAUUUUGUGAUAAUCUGAGAAUGUUACAAAGCUUCUUCGAGUACAGCAUCUUUAAGGAUAUGUCACCCGCAGUGCGUUAUUUAUUCAAUCCAGAGUACCAACAGCGUAAUCAUGAUGAUGUAUCAACACCGUUGGAUAGUAAUGUUGGUGGUACAAUAGCAACCAACAAGGAUGCCAUACAAACGGUGUUGUCCAAAGUUUUAUAUCGUCUCAGCAAUAAGUUGAUGUCACUUAAAGACAAAAAUGUUCAGUUUGGCAUUAUUUACGCCAUAAAACAAUUACUGAGACAAUUUCCAUUUGCCGAUUAUGCUGAUGCUUGGUCAGAGUUUAGCUUCAUGGAAAUUUUCGUUAAAUUAUCCCAAUAUAAUUACAAUACUGCUGUGGACUUGACAUGCCAGAGUGAUUUGAUUGAUGUCAGCUGUAAAUUAAUAGUUGGUUCUUCCAUAUAUUAUGCUAAUGUCUUCGAACAGCCUAUACCACGAGAUCACAUAAUAAGCCUGCUUAAACACACAAUGAAAAUUAUAAAUAUUUACUAUCACAUAUUUACCAAUCAAAAACCAUUAAUUAUGGCCAAAAGCCAAAAAGUCGAAAUAUUUGGUAAUGCCAAAGAAUUGACCAUUGCUCAGAGUUUGGGCUAUUUUGGCAACGAAUCUAUUUAUCUGAAACUCUAUCAAACUUUGAAAAGUGCCUAUGAUAAUUAUAAGAUUACCAUUAAUGAGGAAGCUGGCAGCAAAUUAAUUUCCCUUUUGAAAACAAGUCUAAACUCAUUGAGUUCUUGCAUUGAAAUGCUGCCGCAUGAGGCAACUUUGUCAGCAGCAUCAUCAACAACAACGAUAAACAGCGCCGGAGGAGGAGGAGCUGGUUUAGGAAUUGCCAAAAAUGCAAUGGAUGCAACGACGACUACAUCAACAACAUCCUUUACAUCGCCGUUGUUGUCGUCUUCGACGACAGUUUUGGGACAGACUGGCAGCACUCAGAGCUUAGACUCUGUUCCAGUAUUGAAAUUAAUUGAAGAAACUCUUCAGUACUUGACCAAAGUCAUAAAUUAUGCACCCGAAGAGAGCAUUGGAUGUCUGCGACAACUGUUGAAAUAUUUGUUUGCCAGAAAUUAUGGCAACAGGCAGUACCAACAGCAACAACCUUACAAACAUCAAAUGAAACAAGGCCAUUAUCCGGCAUUUAUAAAAUCGUAUUUUAAGGCCAAAUGUAAAGAGCAACAUUGUUGUCUCGGCAGCAACAACACCACAAAUGUUACACAAAAACCAUCAACAACAAUACAAUUACAAUCCAUAAAGGGACUUUCCGGCAAUGUGAAUGUGUUCGGCAACAGCAGUACUGCUGGCAGUGGCUAUUCUUCUACAGUUAGUCCACAAGACGAUUAUCUAUUGUUAUCCGAGUUAUUUGCAAGUGGUCUGAAAUAUCAUGCUUGGAAGUCACCACAUGAAACAGAACUGGCUAGGCAUAUUAAGCUAUUUGAACCAUUGGUUAUCUACUGUUUAACGCUAUUCCUAAAGUGUAAUGGACGCGUCCAAGCUUCCAUUUUAGAUAUGUUGAUUUUAUUAUUGGAUUUCAAUGUUACCUAUAGUAGUCUGGAUUCCAAGAAUGUAAUAUUUGAACAAAUACUCAAGAGUUUAGAUAUCAUUGAGGGUGGUAUAGCACGCAAUGGUUUAUUUAUUAUUACACCAAUGAUACGUUUCUUGAUUAAACUAUCCGCAAAGAAUGAACGCAAUCUUAUAACAAUACCAAAAAUAAUCAGCAUUACCAACAAUUUAUUGGCCAACUAUAGCAUACGUGAUGUGGCUGUGAGGGCUUUGAAAACCCUAAGCUAUGAAAUAUUCUUAAUGACUUUACCCGAACAUGUGCUGGCCGGCCGUUCUGAUAGUGAUGGUGGUUUAUUGCGUCAGGGUACUGUCGUCGAUGGCCCCAAUUCAUUGGCUACCAUUACCGAAAAUCUCCUAACACUCAACGAUGAACUUGACACACAGAAAGAAGUAAUUUUGGGAAUGUUGGAGAAAUUCAUCGAAUCUUCAGAUUGCCAACAACUUUUCUGCUUACUAUUGCUAAUUGAGCAAUUGCAACAGCUUACAAUGUCCAAUGAAGAUGCCAAUAUCAUGACAACAAAAGAACAAAAACAGUCAUCGUAUGACAAUAUUGAAGUAGAUGGUGGUGGUGGAGGCAAUGCCCGGCAGCAGCAUCAUGAACAAAAGACAACAAAAUGUUUGCCAAAUCUCGAUACAGUGUGUAAUAUGAUAUGCCAAUCAAUAUAUACAAAUCGUUUGUGCAUACAAGACUGGCACACAUACCGCCUGCUGGAUACAUUCUUUAAAAACAAUAGCAAAUAUCUGCUGGGUAAUAGCAGAGAAUUUAUGGCAUUAUUGAAAUACAUCAUUGAGGCGGAUGUUACAAACUUUAGUGAUUUAUCGUAUGCAACGAUUAUCCUGUCGAAUGUAAUCCUCAAAACCGAGGAAAUUUAUUUAGUAAAUCACAUAAAGCUCUAUUUGAAAAAUCACCCAACUGCAGUGGAAAAGUUGAAGCGAAAGCAACAGCAACGCCAGCAAACCGCUAACACCGCCAGUGUCGGCUCUCAGCAGCAGUGGCUGCCGGAUGGUGGCCAUGAUAAACCCUCAACAUCAUCAGCAGCCAGAGCGGCAGCCGCUGCCUUCUCCGCCAGCAAUUCACCAUCAUCAUCAGCAGGAUCCUCGUCAGCGUAUAAUUCAAGUGGCCUAAACGAGUACAACUACUUGCCAACAGUGCUAUGUGACGUCCUAUUCGAAUGUCUUCAAACACUGGCCGAGCAACGACGCAACUCAAAUUCGUACAGCCAUCAGUUUAGCAGCCAAUACUGUCGACUAGUUGGUAAUUUUGUUAAAGUUUUGAACAAACUUUGUUCGAACACACGUUCCGAUGAUUUUCUACUUGUUUCCAUGCGUUCCAUUCUAAAUGGCUGUGAAUCGAGAUUGUUAAAUGAAUACCAUAAUUUGUUGAUGAUGUACUCGACACAAGGCUGUCCGCCCAAUGCGACGUGUUGUGCCCAACUUUCGGGCUCUUCUUUGUCGACAGCAACGAUGGGAAGUUCUACAGGAAUUUCGGCUAGUGGCGGUGGCGUUGGAGGUGGUGGUGUGGCUUCCUCUUUAUCAUUAGCAUCGUACGAUGCCACAGCCAACAUUGAUAAUGUUAUGUUGCAGCUACAAUUGGAAUUGUUUGAGUUGUUAAAAUCCGUUGGUGUUUUGGAUACAUUGGCCUUGUUGCAACGUCUGCAAUCCAAUGACAUUUCACAUCAUAUUCGACGUGCUUUGCUAAAUAAAAUUUGUCAACAAAGUGUGCCGCAUGCAAUGAUGGAAUGGAACCUGCAACAAGUGCAGCAGUUGUUCAAUGGUAAUUUUCUGAAUAUUUUAAUUGUUGAACAAUUUGCAUUCGUCUGCAAUUUAUGUGAAGUGGACGAAGAGUUUUGUUCGCUGUUCCAGUCAACGAUUCUAACGAACAUUGGAGUACUCAAUAAGCAUUCAAUUAUUUCUCUGCUGCGCGUGGUGGAAAAUCUAUGCAAGAAACCUGAAGAAUGUUCCAUACUACGUUUUGCAAAAUGUUUGCAAAUUUUGAAUGAACUACACAGUUUUGUUACAACAAUAACUACAUCAUCAUCAUCGUCCGCAUCAUCUUUGUCUGCUACGUUGCCGUCUUCAACUUUGUUUGACAAACGGCCACUUCAAUUGCAAAUUGAGCGUUUAGCUCGACAUUUGAUCGUUAAUUCGUCCGAUACUUACGAUAAAAAUGCUAUUUACGAUACAUUUGUCCAUUUAAUCGAAGAAGACGAAGAACAGCAACAAUUGUUGACUACCUCAAAGGAAGGAAUUGCCGCAUCAUCAUCAGGGGCAACAACAAGAGCGGCAGUAGAUGAAACAGCAUCGUUGUCAUCCUACCACUUCAACUCAAGUGAACAUUUGCAAUUUAUGAUCUUAAAUGAUUUGGAAAAUUCUUGUGAGCUAAACGAUGAUGAUGGCACUCCUCCGCUGGGAAGUGCUUCCAAUAUUGUUGACGAGAAAUGGAUAUUUAAUCAGUUAAUUAAAUUCUCGACACAAAACAACUAUGAUCCUGGGCAAAUAGUGAAAAUCCUUUUGGAGAUACAAUCGGAAAAUAAGCUACAAAAGAUAUUCAACACGGCCAACUUUGAUGCGGAGCGUAUUUUAAAGCACACAAUUUCCCAUGCACUGCAGGCGAUGUUGCAAACAUUUCGCAAUAAUUGCAUACAAUAUAAUCCGCACAUUCACUACAUGCGACCGAAUCCAUUAGCGCGAGUUUCACUCGCCCAGCUUAUGACACGUAUCGUUGAGGCAACGAUUGGUGGAGAAAAUGGCAGAACUGACAAUAAAGCAACAGUUACCAACACCAGCACCGCCACUGGUUCCACCACCAAUGUUGAUGGUCGUAGUUAUUGUCGCAAGGCAUCGUUAUCGUUGUCGUUGCCCAUACAUUUGUGUGAAGCUGUAAUCGCAUUAAUGGAAAACAUUAAACAAAUUGAGGUGACGGCCCUAAUUUACAUCGAAUCGAAAUUCAUUGAUAAAUUCUUAAGCGAACACUUGUUGCGACCGGAACAUGUAAACGUCCUGGUGCGCUUUAUCGGUUACUGUUGUCAACGUGUUGUGGCCUUGUGCAACAAUAGGCCUCUGCUGCUAAACAAUCAGGAACAAAGGAACUCCCUAACCAUAGGGUUACGCUGCAUCGAUACACUGUUGCAUCAAAAAUUCAUCUGGAGUGCUCUGAACCAGCAGGCGGCAACGACAUUAGCAAAGGCACCCUCCAGUGUAGCUGCUGGAAGUGCAAUGGAUACUGAUGAAGUAGCCUCGACACCACUGACAAAGUGUGAACUAAAUACAAUUAUUUGCUCACUGCUCGAUGUUGUUAGUUCGGCAGGCGUUCUACUAUUGGAGAAUACACCAUUCUACAAGAAAUAUAAAAAUGUUUUGAGGUCUUCGACAGCAACCACUACGACCCAUUCCUUGGCAAGUGAACCACAAAAACAUCAACAACAAUAUUACAAUGUACAGACAACGCCACCACAUCAACCGCAGAGGGAGACCAAAGCAACGAUGGCGACAACUGAGGAAGGAGAAGAAAACUUUGAAAAUAUUGCCUGGCUAACAGCAAAAUACAAUUCCAAAGCUAUUUUUCUGGGAAAAUUAAUUGAAACGAAAAUUGGCAACUACGAUAAAGGCAUUAGUUUUGGUGAAUACAACUACAACUAUUCGUCUACAUUUUGUCCGACUUCGAGUAACCGAACUGGUGAUGCUGAGGCACAAGACCUCAAAGGCAUAAAUAACCAGUUUGAUUUCAUUUCAUUGGAUGUUUUGCUAUCGAUUGGUAUUUCAACAUUGCGAAUGAAUCUGUUUUAUGCAACAGCCGUAACACCCUUGGAAAUCAUGCAACAACAACAACGCUUACUAUCCUGUCCACCAAGUGCUGCAGCAUCGCCAUCAACAUCACCAUCCCAUCAUAGAAAUCAAUCGGUCACCGGUGGCACAGCUAUGGUAACCAGCAAUUCAAUGUUGCCAAUUAUUCCAAUUGAAAGUCUAAGUGAUGUCGAUAUUUUGAAGAGCUUUGUCCGAAGAUUGUCGAUUUUUGGUUUUACAACACGUCAACAAUUUGAAGAAUAUUUUAUGACAUUCCUGCUGCUGAUCAAUAAAGUUUACGACGAGAAUAUGGUGGACCAGCAAGAACAAUUUCAAAUUCGCAGUAUUUGCUUGGAAGCCAUUAUGGAACUUUUAAUUACCUACAAAAGUUUUCCAAUUGUGGGAAAUAAACUUUCACUCUAUCAUCACACGACACGAUGGAAUCGUAUUAAUUGUGAUAGCAUAAGCCUCAAGAAAUUGCAUGAAAUUCAGUUGAUCAUAUCUCCGCUGAAUGUUUUCUAUCAUGGCAAUUUGGAACGUAACUUGAAGACGGAUACGGUAAUUGGUACGCAUUAUUUUGGAGCAAAUCAAUUUGAUUUGAAUUUCAUAUGGCAACAAAUGGAAAUGGUUUCCACAUCGCGUCAAUCAUCGUUUGAUGAUAGUGAUAGCGGUAUGACGGAAGAAGUUAUUGGCUCAAAAACAUCAACGACCCCAUCACCCGAUGUUGUAUCGAAACAUUUGAGUGGUGUUGCUGCCAACACUGCAUAUCGCAAUUAUCAAUAUUUUACCCGACAAUCGGGAGUGGAUUACAAGAGUAGUUCUCAAUUGAUUUUCGAUGUUCUAAUGCAAAUGAUUGAGCAAAACCACAUUUUAAUUCUGCCAAAUUUAGUUAAAUUCACCGAAAUCUGUGAAAAUCGUGAACAAAUCAAACAAAUUUGGGAAAAGGCAGGCUAUCUAAAGUCACACAUACCCAUGGACGAUACCAUUUCACAUCAGUAUUUGAUUUAUUUGCUAUGCAAGACCAAGGGCAUGCUGAUACCCUCACAUCUGGAAAUGUUAAGUCUGGAAAGUCUAAUCAAGAACUACUUAAAGUCAUCACAUUUGUUUGUACGCUGUGCGGCACUGAAUGGUCUGCUAAGCCUAUUGGAGAGUUAUAGCAAAACGAAUACGACCAUUGGCAGGUUGAGUGAUGAAUUGGUGCGUCUAAAGGAUAUUAUUUUAUCGUAUAUCGAUAAGCAUGGUCUAAUUGAGGAGAGUCCUUUGCAAUGCAGUGACUUGCAUACGAAAUUAAUUUGGACAUUAAAUUUCUGUUUAAUGGAAUGGACCUCAAAGUUGGAUCCACACUGUAAUGUGGCCUAUCAUACGAAAAUAACUGUUGGCAAAUUAUUGAAAAAGACAAGCAAUGAACAGAUUUAUUUGUGUGUUUUGCAUGGUUUGGAGCGUAUGAUUGUCCAGGACAAUAAAGUUAGCAACGUCACCAGCGGCAGCAGCAACAGCAGCAACAGCAGCAGUGGUGUAGACAACCAAAACCAAAUGUUGAGGCCCGCAAUUGAAAAACUUGCUCUUGAACUGGCCAAAUUGGAAAACGAGAAAUUUUCAAUUCCCGCACUGAAAUUACUUUUGUCCUGCAUUUAUGUGGGCUCUUCAAAACAAUUGGAGAAUACCGAAUUAAGCAAUGGCAUUGUACAAGACGACCCCGAGAUAAUCGCCCAGCAAACGGAUAAGGUCGAUAUUUUGCUGCAAUGCAUUAAAACCGCAAACGAAGAAGCGGCUUGGAUUUAUGGCCAGGUGUUGUGCCAAAUGAUACGUGAUUUAGUGCCGCCCAAAGAAAUAUUGACGAAGGUCAUAAAGGAGUUCUUGGCCAUAAAUCAACCACAUAGCGAUGUUAUUGCAAUGAUUGUAUUCCAGGUUUUCCGUUCGGCCAUUGAUUCUUCAUUUUUGCAACAAUUACAGGAUUGGCUUACCUGUUCAUUACCCACGUUCUUAUCGUUGCCCGAGCAGAAAGCUGUCUGGAGUCUUAGCGUGGUGUUCCUUUCGGCCUCCAUAAAUCUCCAUUUAAUGAAACUGUUUCCAUUGCUGUUGAAUGGCGUAAAGGCAGCCACGGCGACAACAACAACAACACAAACAACACCGCUGACACCGACAACACCAACAAAACGAAUGAGUUCAACGAAAUUGGGUCAUCACGAAAUUGCAUUGUUCGUGACAUCUGCCCAGGAUUUCUAUGCGAAAUUGGGCACUGAACAAAAAUUACGUUUUCGCGAUGCCUUCAAGGAAUUUCAUCAUAUUAAAGUCUACAACAAGAUGUUACAAAGUCUAUGAACAACCAAACACACACACACUGACUCACACAAAAACAAG